AUGAGAUACGUUUUGCUGUUAUUUUGGGCUCGUCACGCCACGGGCUGCAUUGAUUUAGCAGGGUUACUUGGCGGUGGAUCUGGAGGAGGUUGUGGCUGUAUAUCAAGCUACCCCACGGCUCAAGUACCUAUUCCCAACCCGGCACCACCGUUCUUUCCACCUCAAUUUAAUAACCCCAUCCAGCAGUUAUCUCCAGCAGGAACUCCGCCUGGUUAUAUCCCCACCCCUGUUAUCUCAUCAGAUUCGAGCAAAGAAGACCCCCCGGAAACUCGGGUUCAGCUUCAACCCCCAGGCUUAAUCUUGAAAGGCCACAUCGGGAAUGGGGUCGAACCGUCCGGCUAUGAUCAAGCGGAGAACGAGCAUGUUGAUCGGGUUAUAGAUGCGUUUGAUCGGGAAUUAGGGAAGCCCCGACACACCUCAUCUGGCUAUUCAUCUUCAUAUCGGCACUCAGUUCCAAGACAUGAGAAAAUUAAGGCGCACAAGGCGUCAUUGCAGGUGAAAACCUCUGGGCUUAAGAUGGCAAUCUCGGAACUGGCGAAUCGAGCCCAAGAUCUUGAUGAAUAUGAAGAAGCCGACGGACCUGCGGAAAUCAAUACAUCUACAGCCUAUGAAUCAACAGUUUUGAGCAAUUCUGUAACUACGGCUGCAGAAGUCUAUGAAAAUACCGAGGACUCGAUUGGUGAGAGGGUGACAGAAUAUGAUCUCGAAGAAGAGACCCGACGACCUGCUUAUCACAUUGUUCAUGGUUUAACUACAGUAGAUCCUGAACCUCUUCCAGGUCUUCUUAUACCCGAGAAGGCAACCUUCUACGAAACAAUCCCAACACCGCCUCCAUGGCAGCCGAGAUGGAGUACUACAGAAGAUUCCCCAACCCUGCCCCCAAUUCUAAUCGAUCCCGAUGUCAAAGAUUCGUUAUCCAAGACAGAUCCCGAUAUCCAACCUUUUGAAUUAGUUACCCCGAGCCAUACCCCUUUACUUACAACCCCUAUCGUUCCCUCCACCCACCAACCACCUGACCCGGGCUAUAAUUUGUUCAAAGACGCUCUAGAACUUUUUAAAGGCAAGCAGAAACUGGAGCAAAACAGUCAAGAAGAUGAGAAGCUUUUGAAAGAUUCUGUUGAAGAAGCGAGUACGGAACGUUAUAAGAUUACAAACUACGCAAUUACCAGGGGCAAAGACUCGUUUGGGGUCACUGGAAAACCGAAAGAAGAGUUGCAUACUUUGAAUACGCAGAAGAUUGAGUCAGACAUGGAUGUGCUUGGGAAGGUGUUGGCUGUGCUUUGCCUGUUGGCCGUAGCUUUGGCUCUGCCAGCGCCCGGGAAACGGGAAACGGGCCCGGAUCGGAACGUUUUGCAGUGGUUCAGGCCCUCCAGACCGAUCCCAUCGACGUUUGAUGCCUACGAAUUUAACGUUGGUCAGUUGGCCGGAGGACAAGGCUGGGCCCUGUUCCCCUCCACCAACAACUUCAAGCUCCUGCGCAACAAAAUGGAGGAAGAUGAACUUACUGAAGAAGAUCAUCGCUCUGCACCGCUAUUCCGCUUGAAAUCCCGCCGCUUACAUACAAUGUUGAUGCUCAUGGCCGGGACAGCAGCCAUGGCGCUUUUAACAACAAAUAUUGGUAUAACUGCCACGUGUAUGGUCAAUUCGACAGCAUUAGCAUAUAAAGCAAGUAACGAAACUGUUGUGAUUUCUACAGUACGUGCCGAUAAUCCGAAGUGUUAUAUGGAUUCGGCGAGCGUGGUUGUUGAUUACGGGGGAGAGCUUUUAUGGACUGAAGAAACACAAUCAUUAGUGAAAGGAGCCGCCUUUCUCGGUGGAAUCAUAGCUGUAAUGCCGGGUGGAAUGGCCUCUGAUCGAUAUUCAGCCACAAAGCUCAUGCUCACUUCAAUGGGCUUGGGGUCAUUUUGUAAUUUGUUAUUCCCGCUGGUAGCGCAAUGGAACGGGCCUGGGCUGCCAGUUCUGGCGAUUAUUUUGCGUUUUGGGAUGGGUGUUGCGGAGGCCUUCUUCCUUCCUGCUCAAAAUGCUCUUAUGGUACGCUGGAUUCCGCUAAACGAAAAGGCUACGGCAGGUGCCCUCUAUUCCAUUGGAUACCAAAUUGCGGGUAUAAUUGGGGUACCGAUGGCUGCAGCAUUGUGUGAGAGCUCGUAUCGAUGGCCAGCGGUGUACUACGUAUCUGCCCUAGUCGGGUUGAUCUGGAUCAUUGGAUUUUGGUACUUGGCUGCUGACACCCCGGCUUCUGCCAGAUGGAUGGGGGAGCAUGAGGUUAAAUAUCUUCGUCGUGAGCUUCAGCAUUUAAAUACCGGCAAACAAAAGACCCCAUUCCCCUGGCGAUCCGUCCUCCGCUCGGCCGCCGUUUGGGUCCUCCUCUACGCCUUCUUUGCCGGCAAUUUUGUCAUCACAUUUAUCCAGCUCUACAUCCCCUCAUUUUUCAAAGACGUACUCCUGAUGAAUGUGCGACGGAAUGGCUUCACUACAGCCAUCCCUCAUCUCUGCCAAAUUUUCGCUAAAUUUUCGUGGAGUACGAUAAUCGAUCGAGCAAAGCGACAUGGUUUGGCACCAACAGCUGCUGUGCGGCUUAGUCAAGCCGUCUCGUGCGUUGGGCUGGUUGUUGGUUUCGCGUCAAUAGCGACAUUUGCGGAUUGUGAGCGGCCCUGGUUGGCGAUAUUCUUUUUGUGUCUCGUCACUUGUUCAUUUGGAAUUUCAGUAGCUGGUUUCAUAUGUUCGCUAUUAUCUCUAGCUCCAGCGCAUGUUGGUAUGCUGACAAGUUUAGGAAAUGUUAUAGGUUUUUUGGGUCGCUGGACCUGUCCAAUGAUUGUCCAACACUUCAAAACAGUCGGGACAGCAGCGGAGUGGAGGCAGAUAUUUUACGCGUUCUCGGUGAUCCCGCUGCUGUCGUUGGUGACGUUCACGUUUUGGGCAUCAGGUGAUGUACAACCAUGGGGACGAAUUCCUGAGCAACCUACGGAUCCAGUAAAGGCCAUUCUCCUUGACGAGAAGAAAAAACAACAAGAAGAAAACAAUGAAAUUCAA